GUGGCGGUAAUACAACAUUUAUUGGAUGCCAACUGCCUCAUCGAAGAAGACGUAUCUCCGCCUACUCAGUCAGCCCGCCUAGUCUAUCAGCCCCCCGCUCUUUAAUGUUAGUUAAUAACCAGCUAGCCUAACAUACAGUUGUUGUGGCUAACAAAGCUAAUAAAAAUUGCUAGCGUGUACUGUAUAUAGUUAGCUAUCUCAGGGCUUGGCUUUAAUACCGGCGAAGGCAUAAUAAGAUAAUUACUGUUGUGUAUUCCUGUUACGAUAAAAUGGCGGAAAAGCCAGAGGCUGGAGACAGCGACGACGAGGUUGAAGAUGUUUACGAAGUGGAGAGGAUUAUUGACAUGCGAACGGAGGAGGGGGAGGUCCUGUACCGCGUUCGCUGGAAGAACUACUCAUCUGACGAUGACACCUGGGAGCCUGAGGCCCACCUGGAGGAUUGCAGGGAGGUGCUACUGGGCUACAAGAGGGCUCUGGCAGAGGCUAAGGUCAAGAAAGACCAAGAUGCUAAGAAGGGCAUGAAGUUGCCCAUGAAGAGUGACGUGUUCGAUGCCGACUCUGACAGUGAUAAAGACAAGCCCACAGACCUGCCUGUCAAGAAAAAGAAAAAGAAGAAGCCCCAAGAAGAAGAGGCACUUCCCUCGAAGGAGAAGAGGAAAAAGAAGAAAGACAAGCGCAAGGAGGACUUCAGGCCUCGUCCGGCACCAGAGUCUGAUGAAGAGGAGCUUUCCCCUCCCCCGACACCGGGCCGCAAUACCAAGAUGUCAGACUCCAAGAAGAGAUUUGUUGAAUCUGAUGAGGAAGAAGCCCCCGUGCCCUCCAAGAAGCACAGGAAGGACAAGUCCAAGGAAGGAGAAAAGCAUAGGAAAAAAGAUAACAUGGAGGAAGGGAAGAGGAAAAAAACUAAGAAGGAUCAAAGGGGUGAUCUGGAGUCCACUGAAGAUGAGGCCACCGCCCCCCUGGAAGAGGAGCUUAGCGAGGGGCCAUCUGAGUCCCAGACAGAUGAUACCACACCAACUGAAAAGUCUCGCAAUGAUGACAAGCCCAAGAUUAAGAAGGGAAAGUCAGACCUGAGGCUGCAGGGCAUCAAGGACUUUCUUCAGGACAGGAAAGGCAAGAAGCCGGAAACUACUUCGCCCACGCUCUCCACAAGUAGCCUUGCAAAACUCAAGAGCCUCGCCUCCUUCAAGAGCCAGAGCCGGGAUGAGCCCACACCAACCUCUGACUCCAGCGACACCCCAGCCCACGUCCACAAGAAGGCCAAGGGCAAAAGCCAGGAGGCAACUUCUGCACCACCGAAAAUCCCCUCUUCCUCCUCUGGUGCAGGGGCCAGCACCAGCAAGGCCCGAGAGGAGGAGUCUAAAGAGGAAGUGGGCGGGGAUAAGGAACCAGCCACCUCCACUAACCUGUUUGAGAAGUUCCUGCUGAACUGUGAGGCCAAGGACCGCGUUCCCCGCAAACAGAUGGUCCACCAGCCCACCCCUGCAGAGAACACUAAACCACUGAAGCUCAUAGGGAAAGUUGAGAAAAGGACCAAGCCGACAAAGGAGUCACCUGCUCGGAAGCCAGAGCCAGACAAGACCAAACAUAAAGACGCAUUUCGGCCCAGUCAGAGCCCCGCUGCUGUGGAGACUAGUGACAAGGCGGAGGCAGAGGAUGAACCCGCCCAGAAGUCAAAGUUUGGUGGAGAUGAACGGAGGGAAGAGGCUCAACGCUUGGAGAGGAGGACCCAAGACGAUGACAGAAGGAGGAGGAGGAGGGAAGACAGCGAGCCACGCCUCUUCAUUGCCUGCGACGACAAUCAAGACGCCUUGGAGAGCGCCGACAAGUCUGACAAAGGACAAGCCUCUCUUAACCUUGGAAUGGACCUCAACUUGGACUGGAUGACACUGGAGGACUUUCAGAAACAUUUGAACGGAGAGGAUGAGAUUCUCUCUGCUCCAACGCUAUCUCCCAGUGAGCUGCGGGAUGCAGUGAAAAGCGGGGAUUACAUGUCUGUGAAACUUGCACUCAAUUCCAAAGAGGAUUACAAUCUAGACCAGGAGGCAUGCACUGUUGAACAGAAGAGUUUAAGUGGCAAAGAGAAGCAUUUAAAUGAGGAAAAGAAGAAUUUAAGUGAUAAUGAAGAGAGGCCUUUAUGUGCAGCAGAUAAUCCUCACCGCAGAGGAAAUCCUCACCGUGAGAGGAAUCCUCUAUACAAAGGGAAUCAUUUACACAAGCAAGAGAAUCCUUCACACAAUGAAGAGAAUCCUUCACACAAUGAAGAGAAUCCUUCACACAAUGAAGAGAAUCCUUCAUGCAAUGAAGAGAAUACUUCAUGUGAUGUGGUGCAGACUUUAUGUGACAUGGAGAGAGCUUUAUGUGACAUAAAGAAUUGUGCUGAAGAGAGCAGUUCAAGUGACGACGAGAACAGUUCAGGUGAUGAGGUAGAAGGACACAGACUGGAUUCAAAUGUCCCAAGUGGGUUAGAUCCUCUUCCAUCUAAAGCAGAAAGCUCCUGCGAUAAUAAUGUAUCUGAGCAGUCCCUUCAAAAAACCUCACAAGCUAAAAAACCUUGCCGCAAAAAAUGUGCGCCACGGAAAGGUACAAGGUCAAACUUACGUUCUAGCACAAAAAUGACAGUCAGCACAUGUAGUAUGACAGAUGAUGGUAAAAGAAAAUGGGACAAAAAGUACUUCUGCCUGUAUUGCAAUGAACCACACCACAAAAUUGCAAGACAUUUAGAAAGGAUGCAUGCAGAAGAAGCAGCUGUCGCUCAUGCUAUCAGCUUCCCCAAACUCUCCAAAAUCAGGUCUCUUUUGCUUGACCAACUCCGUAACAAAGGCAACUAUCUACACAACUUGGAAGUUCUUCAAAGUGGAGAUGGAGAAAUUGUCACAAAGAAAAGACCCUCUUACAAUGGUGUUUCUGUGCGUGACUACCUGCCCUGCCAACACUGCUUAGCUUUUUUCAACAAAAUUGAUUUAUGGAAGCAUGAGGGCUCAUGUAAAGCCAGAAAAGGACAAGAUGAAAAGAGGGGAGGAAAAAGAGUGCGGGUCCAAGCUGCAUCCUCUCGACUUCUUCCACUGCCUGUCUACUCUACUGGAGGGUGUGAAGAAAUAAUACACAAUAUGAAUCAAGAUGACAUUCAAUGCCAUAUCAAAAAUGAUCCCCUGAUAUGUAAAUAUGGCAAUGCACUAUCUGCAAAGCAUGGCCAUGCCAAGUCACAGUUUACUUAUAUUAGUUCAAAAAUGAGGGAAUUGGCUAGAUUUGUACUUACUGUAAAUGAGAUGGACUGUGGUGUCCAAUAUCUGCAUGAAGUAUGUGUACCAUCCAAAUUUAAAUUGGCCGUUCAUGCUGCCAGGAAAAUGAGUGGUCAUGACCCUACCUCUGACAGGUACAAGACCCCAUCUCUUGCUUUAAAGAUUGGCUAUUCCUUGAAAAGAGCUACUGAAAUAGCUUUUGGGGAGAGUCGUAUGACAGAGGACCGUGAGGCAGAGGCACAAGCCAAAAGGUUCAUUGAGCUGCUUGAAAACGAUUGGAAUAACUGUUUUUCCGGUUUGUCCCUCAGCGCUGUGCCUCAGUGUGAUGAAGUUGAUGUGUCUUCACUAACUGAGGAUUUGAUUAAACUUCAGAAGUUUCUCAAGGUUGCAGAGGACACAGCAAAGAGAGAAUUGCUCGAGAGCCCCACCAACGCUGUCUGGAAAAAGCUCAAUGAAACUCUUCUUGCCGAAAUAGCUCUCUUCAACAGAAAAAGGACAGGAGAGGUUGCGAAAAUGCUGUUGGAAACAUACACAAACAGAAAGAAAUCUCCAGCUAGUGCAGACAUUUUCAAUAGCCUCUCAAGGCUGGAACAGGAGCUUGGUGACGAAAAAUUAACCAGGGUGGAAAUAGAAGGCAAAAAUGGUAGAACAAUGCCGGUCCUACUAACGGCGAGGAUGAUCUCAUCUCUUGAGAUCCUAAUUGCAAACCGAGACAAAGUUGGUGUGUCAAAGGACAACCCUUAUGUCUUUGCACGGAGCCCAGAUGCAGCAAGCUACGUCAGAGGGUCUGACUGUUUGAGGAAAUUUGCACGUGCGUGUAAUGCAAAGAAUCCUGAAAGUCUGAUCCAUGCUACAGUGAGGAAAGAGGUUGCUAUCCAUUGCCAAAUUCUGAACUUAAAUGAAAGUGAAUUGGAUCAGGUGGCAAAAUUAUUGGGACAUGACACCCAGGUCCACAAAGAGUACUACAGACUGUCUGAAAACGCAGCACAUCUAGCAGAAAUCAGCAAAUUGCUGCUUGCAAUGGAUCAGCUUCCAGUGGUAAUUCCAGGACCAUCUGAGGAAAGGAUUGUUUCACCUACAUAUGGGACAUAUCCAGCAGGGACAGAUUCUGCAAGGACAUAUCCUUCUGGCACAUAUCCCACUGGGUCAUCAUAUCCUACAGGGACAUAUUCAGCGAAGUCAUAUACUGUAGGGUCACAGCCUUUAAGGUCAUAUCAUGCUGGGACAUAUCCUUCGAAGUCAUAUCCUUCAGGAUCACAUUCUCCGAGGUCAUAUUCUGCAGGGACAGAUUCUGCAAGGGCAUAUCCUACCGGGAUAAAUCCUGCAAGUUCAUAUCCUACUGUGACACAUCCUGCAGAGACCUAUCGAGUAGCUUCAUAUGCUUCAGGGACAUACCUAGCAGAGACGCAUGAUGCAAGGUCAUGUACUGAAAAAACACAACUUGCAAAUGCAUGUCCUGCAAGUCCUUAUGACCUCUCAUCUCCUGCUAGAUCAUUUUCUUCAGGGAUGAAUCCUGUGAGGUCAUAUCCUGCUGGAACAUACACUGCGCAGACACUACCAGCUCAAACACUUCCAGCACGUACAGUUAUUAUACCAACACUUCAUGCACAGACACUUCCUGCCCAGACGCUUCCAACACAGACACUUCCUGUCGGGGCAGUGCCUGCGGAUGCAGGUUCUGUGGGGACAGGUAAGUCGGGCACAGUGUGGAAACAGAGGAUGUGGAGUGAUGCAGCUAAGGCUGCAGUGAACCGUCAGAUGGGACACUUUAUCUCAAUGAUGGAGGUUCCAGGUAAACGGGACUGUGAAGUUUGCCUGCACAAUGAACCAGCACUAAGAGACAGGACAUGGAGGGACAUCAAAAACUACGUGCACAACACAGUAAAAUCUAUAAAACGAAAGAAUGGCCUUACAAGAGUGGACCCCACAAAACAGACAAAGAAAGGAUUGGCAAAGAAAGAAAAAGAAACAAUAGAGGCUAAGAGUGCUAAGGACUGGGUUGGUGGAACAAUGGCAGUACCUGAACAGGGUCAAGAGGAGGGUCUAGAGGCAGGUCCUGUGGCAACACCAAGGAAACAGAAGAUAUGGAGUAAUGAGGCUCAGGCUGCGGUCAGGCGGCAGCUAGGAGACUUCACUAAACUGAUGAAGAUUCCAGGUAAAAAGGAAUGUGAUGCAUGUCUUGCAGCUGAACCAGCUCUGCAAGGCAGGACAUGGAAAGAUGUAAAAAACUAUGUGCAUAACACAUUAAAGACUAUGUGCAGGAGGCAUAGUUCAGGCAAACAAAACAUGGACCAUGAGAAACCAAGUCCAUAUACACAGAAUCCAGGGGUGCAACAGAAUCCAGGGGUGCAUCAGAAAUCAGGGGUGCCGUUGGGACUUCCAGAAGAGCCUCCUGUUUAUCUGUCCUUGUGAUUACCUUGAACUAGAACCUCCCAGGGUUCAAGGUAAGCAAGGAUGGAGAAAGGAGAAAAGGAUUGCUUUUGAUUUAAUCUGACCAUCCUGGCUCACUCUGAUCUCACUUUAUGACAUAAAGCAAGAAUUAAGUAGAAUUUGAACCAUACCACUACCUACUUUAUUCAUUGAAGUAUCUGUAGCAACUACAUAGUGACAUUAUGCAUGAACUUGUUUAGUCGAUAAGGGAAUUUUCAGAACUUCUUUUGAAUUGUAAAAUGUCCUUGGCACAGUGUAUUAUGUGGCGCCAAAACUCAGUCCUUUGGUAAAGGUCUCACAUUUGCAACCAUGGCGAGAGGAGGCAAGUAAAGAUGGACUCAAACUAAAAAAGGUAUAUUUAACAAUUCCAAUGAUCCUUUUAUAUAAAACCUGUCAAACUGAAUCUUCUGGGUCAGCAACAGCAACAAGGCUCAUGGACGCACUUUCGGAAUCCAAACGCACCCCAUGUUUCCGUAAGACCCAUGUUCCAUAAAAAUGCCCAAGAUAACUGACUGAAAUAUAUGCUCCACAUGCAUAGAUAACAUGUACCAAGUACAGUGAAUGUUUUGUUUUCUUCAUAGAGGAAAAAAGUAGUGCAAACCUAGACAGUUAAUCUGAUGACCAUACUUUUUUGAUCACAUUACUGUUAUCCGUUACUUUCAUCAAAUGGAUCUGGAUCCAGAUGUAUAAAAUAUUUUAUGUGUAUUCUUGCCUGUACUGUUGUAUGUGUAGCUAAUUUAUAUGUGUAGGUUAGGUUUUGAGUUAAAGCAACUGACCAGCAUACCUGGGAAUUUAGCAGGUUAUUUUUAGUAGAUGUGUGGUAUGAACGGGUUUCAUGGCUCCAGACUGACCAUUUAGUCGCAUUUUGCAACCAUUUGACUUGGCUGUGCAAGAAAAAAAACAUGAUCGCAUCGGUGCGAGCUGCACAUUCUACAUUGUCACCUCACUCAAAGCUUCCUAUUUUUUGGGGCAGCUAAAACCAUGAUUUGGUCAAACCGUAAAGCGCAAUAUCCUCAUGAUUCCUGUAAUGUAAACGUCUGUCCCUCUGCCUAUUUCACUGGGGACUGCUGAUGUGAUGAGCAAACCGCUCUCCUCUCUGGGAGAAAAAUAUUGUUUCUCAUUGUAUAACAUUUCGAAAUGCAAUUGCGAUAAAAACACAGCAUUGGAAGCAACUACUGUAGUCCCUGUCUGUAGGUAUCAUUUUUAUUUCUCAAUAUUGAGCUCUGGAGCAACUAUUUUACAAACAAGCGAUUUGAUAUGGUUUUGUGAUACGGAGCGGUGCACAAAAUGAACAUUGGUUUUUGAGCUUUUUUAUUUGAUUUAACUGGACAAGUCAGUUAAUAACGAACAAAUUCUUAUUUACAAUGACGGCCUACCCCGGACGCUGCUGGGCCAAUUGUGCGCCGCCCAAUGGACUCCCAAUCACGGCCGGAUGUGAUACAGCCUGGAUUCGAACCAGGGUGUCUGUAGUGACACCUCUAGCACUGAGAUGCAGUGCCUUAGACCGCUGCGCCACUCGGGAGCCCAGUAUUCAGACACCUUGACUUUUUCCCCCAUUUUGUUACAUUACAACCUUUUUCUAAAGUGGAUGAAAUUAAAAAUGUUCCUCAUAAAUAUACGUACAAUACCCCAUAAUGACAAAGCAAAAACUGUUUUUUAGGAAUGUUUUUAAAUGGAAGGGAAAAAAACAGGAAUACCUUAUUUACGUAACUCGAAAUUGAGCUCAGGUGCAUCCUGUUUCCAUUGAUCAUCCUUGAUGUUUCUACAACUUUAUUGGAGUCCACCUGUGGUAAAUUCAAUUGAUUGGACAUGAUUUGGAAAGGCACACACCUGUCUAUAUAAGCUCCUACAGUUGAAACGUCAUGUUGGAGUGUUGCCUUUCCAAAUCGUGUUCUUGGGGACCUUCAAUGCUUGCAGACAUUUUUUUGGUACCCUUCCCCAGAUCUGUGCCCCGACACAAUCCUAUCUCGGAGCUCUACAGACAAUUCCUUCGGCCUCUUGGUUUUUGCUCUGACAUGCACUGUCAACUGUUGUAGAAACAUAUUGAGGAUGAUCAAUGGAAACAGGAUGCACCUGUGCUCAAUUUCAUGUCUCAUAGCAAAGGGUCUGAAUACUUACGUAAAUAAGGUAUUUCUGUUUUUUUAUUUUUAAUACAUUUACUAACAUUUCUAAAAAUCUGUUUCCACAAUUUUCACUAUGGAGUAUUGUGUAUUGAUGAGUAAAAAUAUAUAUAUUUAAUCCAUUUUAAAAUAAGGCUGUAACGUAACAAAAUAUGGAAAAAGUCAAGGGCCCUGAGUACUUUCCAAAUGGACUGUAUAUCUUGAAUAGCAUCUCUGUAGUCUAUUACACGUCUUAAUAAAACACUAUGACUGACUUUAUAAAAUGCAUUUUUUGGGGGGGUGAGACCAAAUUAUGGGUUGGUGCCACCAACUGAAAAAGUUAGUGCCACCAGUUGACAAAUGUUAGUCUGGAGCCCGGGGUUUACGUUCUACAUUUGUGCCCAGCUAAGAGUAUGGUUUGAGCUGCUUAAAAUCCACCAAAUACAUUACGAAUGUUUCUUUGGCUGUUCUUGAAUUAGUAUCUUCAGAUGAAGACCCAGACCACCAGCUCCUUUUGAAAAUGUUUAAGUAUUAUAAAUGAGUUAUAAAUACAUGGCACAUACACUAUCCACAUUCAAUUGCUUUUGAAGCAUGGUUGAGUUUAUCAUGGAUAUUUUACUCGUCAUUAACGUUAGCUAGUAUUCCUAGCUACCGAUAUGUAUCAGUAGUUAUUUUUAUAUGUACUGAACAAAUUUGAAACAAUUUCAAAUAUUUCUCAGAGUUAUAGUUCAUAAAAGGAAAUCAUUCUAUUGAAGUAAAUUCAUUUGGCCCUUAUCUAUGGAUUUCACAUGACUGGGAAUACAGAUCUGCAUCUGUUGGUCACAGAUACCUUAAAGAAAAGUAGGGGCGUGGAUCAGAAAACCAGUCAGUAUAUGGUUUGACCACCAUGUGCCUCAUGCAGCAUGACACAUCUCCUUCCCUAAAGUUGAUCAGGCUGUUGAUUAUGGUCUGUGGAAUGUGUCCAACUCCUCUUCAAUGACUGUACGAAGUUGCUGUAUAUUGGCGGGAAUUGGAACACGCCUUCGUACACGUCAAUCCAGAGCAUCCCAAACAGGCUCAAUUGGAGACAUGUCUGAGUAUGCAGGCCAUGGAGGUACUGGGACAUUUUUAGCUUCCAGGAAUUGUGUACAGAACCUUGCGACAUGGGGCCGUUCAUUAUCAUGCUGAGACCUGAGCUUAUGGCAGCGGAUGAAUAGCACGACAAUGUCCCUCAGGAUCUCGUCAGGAUCUUCACAACAUUGACAUCAGCAAACCGAUCGCGCACAUGACGCCAUACACGUGGUUUGCGGUUGUGAGGCCGGUUUGAUGUACUGUCAAAUUCUCUAAAAUGACAAUGGAUUUGGCUUAUGGUAGAGAAAUGUAUUUUUAAUUAUCUGUCAACAGCUCUGGUGGACAUUCCUGCAGUCAACAUACCAAUUGCACGCUCCCUCAACUUAAUCUGUGACAUUGUGUUGUGAAACAAAACUCUACAUUUUAGUGGCCUUUUAUUGUCCCCAGCACAAGGUGCACCUGUGUAAUGAUCAUGCUAUUUAAUCAGAUUCUUGAUAUGCCACACCUGUCAGCUGCAUGGAUUAUCAUGGCAAAGGAGAAAUGCUCACUAACAGGGAUUUAAACAAAUUGGUGCACAAUAUUGGAGAGAAAUAAGCUUUUUGAGCGUAUUGAACAUUUCAGGGUUCUUUUAUUUCAACUCUUGAAACAUGGGACCAACAACUUCAUGUUUAUAUUUUUGUUCAGUUUAUAUUUUUUCCAACGAUUCAGUUUUAUCAGUAAUUUCAAUCUUCCUUGUUUUUGUUUAUAUUUGCAUCUAGAUGUUAUUUAUUCAGUGUCAGUGACGUAUCCUAGCAAAGGGCCUAGUUAUGACUGCAUCCAGAUUGUCCACCCUUUUCCCAAAGUGACUGGAAGUGUGCAGAUAAAGUCUUUGAAAGAAGUGUGGAGAAUCCGGAUGCAGCGUGAGUGAUGGCUAAUUGGUUUGGCAAGGACGGGUAGACUUUUCAAUGGUCAUCCCUUUUUGUGGAGGCUCUAACAUGGUUCCUAAACCAAAGUCUUGUUUACAGUCACUAGUAACUUUACUGUAAUGUUCACUAAAGUUUUUAGUUGAUUUUUCAUCCAAUUUGAGGCAGUUUUCGGUUCUUCAAUCCACUCAGUUACAAUUGAUAAUGUACUUUGUGGAUUGGAAACGGUUCAUUCAUUCUGCAUGUGGAAUUGGUUUCAGAGAAUCACACAACCUAUUCCUCUUGUACUAAAUUUGAUGUGGUUUAUUAGGCUUUAGCUGUCCAUCUACUUGUUUUAUUACUUGUCAAACGAUAAACCUUUCAACAUUUUAUAUUAAUGUUGCUAUUAUUCACUACUGUCUUAACCAUAUUGAUUUCACAGCAGUUUUAAGUUCCUCAACACUAAUUUAAACAGACUAAGUUGUAUAGGGUUUGAUAGCUGUUGCUUCUCUUAUUUAAUCCACUUGACUACUAUUAUUAUUAUAUUAUUUCAUUUACUAUUGAAAGUGCUUCUAAUUGGACCAAGGUUCAUGGAAGAAUCAUGUAAAUAAAUAGCUUAGUUUAGUUAUCAGUUCAUGUUAUAACUGAAACAGCUCUGUUAGGUGUUAACUGAAAAAUAAUCAGGGGUUUCAACCACACCCCACUAUUUACUGUCUAAAGAUGUUUAAAUCGUUUUUUUUUCACUAACAUGUAUUUGUUAUCAAGCUGCCUUUCGUUACCCCCUGGUGCUAAUUGUGUGUAAUCUAAGAUACUAUAUUUGCUUGGUUAAUAAAUUGUUACUUGACGUAAA